UUUUUAUCUAUGACCCUGUAUAUGCGUAAUAUGCUCUGUAAUGCCGUUUUUUUAUGUAUGGUAUAUAAUUUAUGUAGCGCACGCAGCGUAGUAACGUGGUAGCAACAACAGCUGAUUGUGAAACAUGUCCGACGUAGAACGUUUUGAAAAUCAACCAGAAAAUUGCCCAGGGACACAAAGUGAAAAUGCAGGUAAAGUGUCUGCGUGUGCUAAGUGUCCUAAUCAGCAACUAUGUUCAUCAGGAACACUAAAAGGAACAAAUUCUGGCAUGCAUGAAAUUCAAGAAAGAUUAAAAGAUGUAAAACAUAAAAUAUUAGUUCUUUCUGGAAAAGGUGGUGUUGGUAAAAGUACACUAACAUGUCUGCUAAGUAGGGCAUUCUCUUUAAAAAAUGCAGAAGAACAUGUAGCUGUUUUGGACAUUGACAUAUGUGGACCAUCCCAGCCAAGAAUUUUAGGUGUUUUAGGAGAACAGGUGCAUCAGUCAGGAUCAGGAUGGUCUCCAGUAUAUGUAGAAGACAAUUUAUCAGUUAUGUCCAUUGGUUUUCUUCUGUCAAACCCAGAUGAUGCUAUUAUUUGGCGAGGCCCUAAAAAGAAUGGCAUUAUUAAACAGUUUUUAAGCGAAGUCGACUGGGGUAAAUUAAAUUACCUCCUUAUAGAUACACCUCCAGGGACAUCUGAUGAACAUUUAUCAGUGACAACUUAUCUUGCUAAAGCAGGAUUAACUGGAGCCAUUAUAAUAACAACUCCUGAAGAAGUUGCUUUGUUGGAUGUAAGAAAAGAAAUCGAUUUUUGUCGGAAAGUUAAUGUUAAAAUCUUAGGAGUAAUUGAAAACAUGUCGUUAUUUGUAUGUCCAAAUUGUAAGACAGAAUCAAAAAUAUUUUCAACAAGUGGUGUUAAACAAAUGUGUGAAGAUUUAAAAGUUCCUUUUUUGGGAAGUUUGCCUGUGGAUCCUCUUCUGGCAAAGUGUUGUGACCAGGGAAUAGAUUAUCUAAGAGAACGUUCAAAUAGCCCAAUAGUUAAGGCACUUGAUAAAAUUAUUGAAGGUAUAGAAAAGCAGUGUACAAUUUAAAUUGUACUAUUCUUUUAUUAUUAAAUAUUAUUGCAAACCACAAUUUUUAUUAUUAAACAUGCUGGUUUAGUAGUAAA